AUGUCCACUGAAAAGAUUUCGUUUUUGCUCAAUUGGCAACCAACUCCAUACCACAUACCAAUUUACCUAGCCCAAACAAAGGGAUACUUUAAAGAGGAGGGAGUUGACAUCUCAAUUUUGGAACCAUCAAAUCCAUCUGAUGUUACCGAAUUAAUCGGUUCAGGAAAGAUUGACAUGGGUUUAAAGGCCAUGGUUCACACCCUUGCUGCUAAGGCUAGAGGUUUCCCAGUUACUUCUGUUGGUUCCUUAUUAGACGAGCCAUUUACUGGUGUCUUGUAUCUUGAAGGGUCUGGUAUCACACCUGAUUUUACAUCCUUAAAAGGUAAGAAAAUCGGUUAUGUUGGUGAAUUUGGCAAAAUUCAAAUUGAUGAAUUGACCAAACAUUAUGGCAUGACUCCAGACGAUUACACCGCCGUGAGAUGUGGUAUGAAUGUUGCUAAAUAUAUCAUCGAAGGUAAAAUUGAUGCUGGUAUUGGUAUCGAAUGUAUCCAGCAAGUCGAAUUAGAGGAUUAUUUGAAAAAACAGGGAAGACCAAUAAGCGAUGCUAAAAUGUUAAGAAUCGACAAAUUGGCUGAAUUAGGCUGUUGUUGUUUCUGUACAAUCUUAUAUAUCUGUAAUGAUGAAUUUUUAAAGGCUAAUCCUGAGAAGGUUAAAAAAUUCUUGAAGGCCACCAAAAAGGCAACUGAUUACAUGCUUGCCAAUCCAAAACAGGCCUGGGAAGAAUACUCCGACUUCAAGCCUCAAAUGACUUCUGAAUUGAAUUCGAAAAUGUUUGAAAGAUGCUUUGCUUAUUUCUCGGACUCUUUAUACAAUGUUCAUCGUGACUGGAAGAAGGUUACAGCUUAUGGUAAAAGGUUAGAAAUAUUACCUCCAGAUUAUGAGUCAAAUUAUUCCAAUGAAUACUUAUCAUGGCCUGAACCUAAAGAAGUUGAAGACCCAAUUAGGGCCCAAAAUUUGAUGCUCGAACACCAAGAAGAGUGCAAGGCCUGUGGUGGAUACCGUAGAUUAGCUGUUAACUAA